AAGUGAGCGCGCGAGCGUGCAGUGCAGUUGGAGCGCCACGCGCGUAUUGUUUGAUCUGUACGCGAGAGUCGAUCACGCCGAGGUUUGCUUUUGCACGCUUCUUUUUUUUGCCAUGUCUGGAGUGGUCCGAGGCCCUGCCGGGAGCAACGACUGCCGCAUUUAUGUGGGGAAUCUUCCUCCUGAUAUCCGCACAAAAGACGUCGAGGACGUGUUUUAUAAAUACGGAGCGAUCCGGGAUAUUGAUCUGAAGAACCGGCGAGGUGGCCCUCCGUUUGCCUUUGUUGAGUUCGAGGACCCCAGGGACGCUGAGGAUGCAGUUUAUGCUCGGGAUGGUUACGACUAUGAUGGAUACCGGCUUCGAGUGGAGUUUCCCAGAAGUGGACGUGGUAUGGGACGGGGAGGUUUCGGCGGAGCUCCCAGGGGCAGAUACGGACCUCCAUCCAGGCGCUCCGAAUACAGGGUCAUUGUUUCAGGUUUACCACCGAGCGGCAGUUGGCAAGAUCUGAAGGAUCACAUGCGUGAAGCAGGUGAUGUAUGUUAUGCUGACGUUUUCCGAGAUGGAACGGGCGUAGUGGAAUUUGUGCGCAAAGAAGACAUGACCUACGCUGUUCGAAAACUGGAUAACACUAAAUUCCGGUCACACGAGGGGGAAACUGCAUAUAUCCGUGUAAAGGUGGAUGGCCCACGUAGUCCAAGUUAUGGAAGAUCAAGGUCCCGGAGUCGCAGCCGCAGCAGGAGUCGCAGCCGCAGCAACGACCGUAGCCGCAGCUACUCGCCGCGCCGUGGCCGAAGCUCCCCACAGUAUUCUCCUCGGCAGAGCCGGUCCCGCUCCCGCUCCUAAGCCCUCCGUGUGCCAUGCCAUGGUGCUUCGAGUUUGAUUUUUCCCUUCCUUUGUUAUUUCAGUAAAGCUGUUGGAUCAGUUGGUUGGUUUUUCAACCCCCCCCCCCCUUUUUUUUUUUUUUUAAACUUAGUUUUAGAUCUUGCCCAUUGUCUUCCUCAUGACACAUUAUUCUGAUGACCCCUCACCUCCUGCUUCUUAACCAACAACUGUCAGGUUUUUUAACAAUGCUUUUUAAGUGACUACUUUGCUUCCCCCUCUUCAUUUUCCCCUUUUUUGAAUACAAGAUGGAACUCUCAUCAACCAAACAGAGUCGUUCAGUGCAUCUGAAUAUUUUUGGAAAUUCCAUCUGUUGUCUUUUUAUGAGAGCUCACAUGUUUUACCCUUUUGUCUUUCUGUAGUUGCUUGACAAGAAGGAUGGACUGAUACUUUUUAAUAAAGAAUUGCCAAAUCAUUUGAGUUAGUUUGGCAUAUAUAAACAG